UGCUUGGAAACUACAGAGGGCAAACUUUUUCCACAUAUAUGUUCCAAAUUUGUUUCUGGCUGCCCAGAUGUAGGGUUCCGCAGUAACGAAAUCUAUAAAUACCCUGCCUGCCAAAAUAUUAGUUCAGAGAAUGGUUGUUAUCUUGCUGAUCCAUCAUGUGCUAACACAACCAGGGAAAUAUCUAACGAAGGAACACCAGAAACAAAUUUCACUGAGUUUACAACAGAUCAUGUGAUAGACAACACAAUAGCAAUGGAUAUUGACACAACCACAUACCCAGAAGACGACUCAGCACAUAUAGGGGCAAUACUGGGAAGUCUUGUGGUUGUAUUGACUCUUAUUCUCCUGCUGAUAUUAGUGAGGGUUGUGUGGAAAAGAAUGCAAACACAGAGAAAACAAGAAAACGAUGAAUCUUCAAUUGAAAGAAAAACAUUAUUGAAAGAAGCAGGAGAAGUCCAAGGGACAAUAAAAAAAGAAGAAACGGACGUCAAAAAUGAACAAAAGAACAGGGAUUAUGAUGCCCAUAUAGUUGGUGUCAAAAGUAAACCAAAAGAAAGAAAACAUUUUAUCAAGGAGGUUAGCUUUAGUAGUGAAUCAAAGGUGACAGAUACUGGUGUCAAAGAGGCCGGUCUUCAAAAUGAACCAGAGGAGAAUGAGCUUGUUUUCACAGAAACUGAUGCCAAUAGUGAACUAGAGGGAAGAGAGUAUAGUGUCAUAGAAACUAAUGUCAAAAGUGAACCAGAGGAGAGCGAGCAUGAUGUACAGGAUGAUUCCACAAUGGAAAACUUGGGUGAUUAUGAUCUGUGGAGGACAAAUAUAUCAGAUCAUUUUUCCAAACUGACUGAAGACGAGGUGUUUGUGUUAUUCUGUUUUCUGUGUUCUGACUCCGGUCCUCCUGACUUCACGGACACAGAAUGGCUGGACAUGCUUAAUGAGAUACGAAAGGACAUGUACGAUAAUGAGAAUCCUGUAACACGUGAUAAAGCACAGCAGACUCUGGACAGACUGAAGUCACGUGAUUACCUCUGGGUAAAUCAGGACAAGAUAACGAAGGACACAGAGGUUGAGACAAUGUAUAAGAUAGCAUCAUUAAACAGCCAUAUACCAUUCCUUUACUGUAGUUAUAACACAGUCAGUGUUUACCUGAGAUCACGCGGAUACAACAGAAAACCUGGAGAGAAGUGUAUCAUUAGUGAUGACAGUGUCCUUGAUGCCUUUCUGGUACGCCGUCUACAGAUGAACUUACUGACUCAUGUCAUCAUGGAGGACAUAGAUAUAUAUCAUUGGAUAUACCUCAUAUUGGCUGUUCCAGAAAAUAUAGUAAAGGAUAGUAAAGAUAAAAGAGAAAAAUAUUUAAUUGAUCUAAGAACAGAAGGAGAGCCUCUACAUGUUAGUGGAAGAUCGCAGAACAGUGCAGAUCACGUGACGUGGCUCUGGAGAUACAAGUAUGACGCGGGACCAGCAAUCGUGAGAUCCUGUAUAGGCCUCCAUCCACACUGGGACAUUUAUAUCAUUGACAACAAAGCUUACAGAAAACCAA